AAUAUUUGUGAACAUGAUAUGACGGCGGCGUCGUUUCAUUUUGGUUUGCAUUUUUGCCGCUUAUUAGUGAAUUAUUCUCGUGUGGAUUUUACAUUUUAAAUAGAAUCCAUACAGAUUAUGAAGAAAGCAAAGCCACUGUUACACGACCGCCUUAUAACGAUACGAGUAAAGAAGUAUCUCGAGGAGCACAUUGGCGAGACGUAUCUGGAUGUGAAGCAGAUGACCAAGGAGUUAAUGCUUAAAUAUCCAGAGUACUCGCGUCGUAAAUUCGGUCCAUUCAGACAAUUGGUGCAUCAAGCAUUUUCCAUUAUAUCGGACAGUUACAAUUUAGAUAAAGUCAGUAGCUCCGAGGACGAGGAGGAGUAUAUGAGUGACGAAUUCGAGGUACCGCCGCCAGCACGCAAAAGUGUAAUGAACAACAUGAUGAACAGUUUGUAUAGCAGCAGCAGCAGCCAAUUGUCAGCUAAGAAGCCAUCACAAUCGUCAUCAUCAUCAUCGACUGCAACAGGAGCAGCGUCAGCAUCAACACCAAAGCCCACAAUCAAUGAGCCAAUUGAUAUUUCCAGCGGCGAUGAGAACGAUGAUGAUUCGGUCACUAAAAAUUCAAAUGGAGGGACACCCGCAGCUGCUCCAAUAAGUGCACUGAAACGUUCUGCCGAAUGCUUACAGCAGGAAACACUAGCUGUAGCUACUAAGAAAUCAGUCAAAACAAAUAUCACUGAAAGCACUUUCCAAAGUACUGGACGUCAGGGUAGUCAGUCGAGUAGCUCCAAUUCAGGCUCUGGCAUAUCCAAUGUCAAGAAAUUCAUGAGCAGUGGUGGCGGCGGCGAUGGUCGCGACAAAGCUCAUCAUGGUCAGCCAAUUUCAUAUCAGCAGCAGCAGCAGCAACAACAGCAGCAGCAACAGCAGCAACAAAUGCAUCAUCGUGAUUAUAUGGAUAGACCAUCAGCUCACAUGCGUCAACGUAAAUAUAAAAAGGAAUUGGAAGUACAACGUCCUACAGAAAUUUUCCGUGACAUUGGCGGCAUGGACAGCACAUUGAAGGAGCUUUGCGAAAUGCUAAUACACAUCAAAUCACCCGAAUUUUAUUUUCAAUUGGGUUUGCUGCCAUCACGAGGCCUAUUGCUGCAUGGACCACCGGGUUGUGGUAAAACCUAUUUGGCACGUGCCAUUGGUGGUCAAUUGAAGAUGCCAUUGCUAGAGAUACCGGCCACUGAGCUAAUUGGCGGGAUAUCUGGCGAAUCUGAGGAACGCAUUCGCGAUGUGUUCGAGCAGGCCAUCGAUAAUUCGCCAUGCGUUCUAUUUAUUGAUGAGAUCGAUGCCAUUGGUGGCAAUCGUCAGUGGGCAGCCAAAGAUAUGGAACGCCGUGUUGUCUCGCAGUUAAUUAGUAGCUUGGAUAAUCUAAAGGCCACCGAAUUUGGACAAUCUGUGGUUGUCAUUGGCGCCACAACACGUCCCGAUGUCCUAGAUCCCGGACUGCGACGCAUUGGCCGUUUCGAUCAUGAGAUUGCCAUACAUAUACCAUCGCGUAAGGAGCGUCGAGAGAUUUUACGCAUCCAAUGCGAGGGCUUGGCAAUUGAUCCAAAGCUUAACUAUGAUAAGAUUGCUGAACUGACACCCGGUUAUGUGGGUGCCGAUCUGAUGGCUCUGGUUUCGCGUGCAGCUUCUAUUGCCGUGAAGCGCAGAUCAAUGAAAAAAUUCUGUGAGCUGCAUGCAGCCAGCGAAAUGAACAUGACCACAGUCACCCUCGACGAUGACGAUCCGACUGAAGAUGGCGCCAGCAGCAAGGCUGCCACCGAACCAGAGAAGGAGAAAAAAGAUGAGCCAAAUGCCAAGGAUACAGACAAGCAAAGUGAGCCAGAAGAGCAACAAGAGCAAGAGAAGGAAAAGGAGGAGGAGGAAGAGGAGGAGGAGUCUACAAAUGGUUUAAACUCCGAAGCCAUGGAUGUGGAUGAUAACAAUAAAGAAACAAAAGAUGACGAAGAGACCCACAAGAACCCACCAAAGCAGGCGGAUGAAGAGCUGGAGGAGUCGGAGGAGCCAAAGGAAGAGCCAAAGACUGUUGUUCCCAUCAAUGAGUACUAUGAGCCCACUUUAGCUGAGUUGACAAAUUUUCUGGAUAAUCCACCCGAAGAAUUCUCCGAUCCGAAUUUUUGUCUAACUCUCGAGGAUUUUAUAGCUGCCAUUGCUGUGCUGCAGCCAUCAGCCAAGCGUGAGGGAUUCAUAACUGUUCCCGAUACCACAUGGGAUGAUAUUGGUGCACUAACCGAUAUCCGUAAUGAAUUAAAAUUGGCUGUAUUGGCUCCGGUUAAAUAUCCAGAGAAAUUGGAACGUCUUGGCCUGACAGCGCCAUCUGGUGUACUCCUUUGCGGUCCACCGGGAUGCGGCAAAACUCUCCUGGCCAAGGCCAUUGCCAAUGAGGCGGGCAUUAAUUUUAUUUCCGUUAAGGGACCAGAGCUUAUGAAUAUGUAUGUGGGCGAGAGUGAGCGUGCUGUGCGCGCAUGUUUCCAACGCGCUCGUAACUCGGCACCCUGUGUCAUCUUCUUCGAUGAGUUUGACUCACUUUGUCCAAAACGUUCCGAUAGCGGUGAUGGCAAUAGUUCAGGCACACGCAUUGUAAAUCAAUUGCUUACCGAAAUGGAUGGUGUCGAGGAUCGUAAAGGUGUCUACAUUUUGGCUGCCACAAAUCGUCCCGACAUCAUUGAUCCAGCCAUUUUACGUCCCGGACGUUUGGAUACCAUUCUAUAUGUUGGUUUGCCAGAGAAAAGCGAACGUAUUGAAAUCCUCAAUGCCACCACCAAGAGCGGCACUCGUCCCGUUUUGGGUGAUGAUGUGAAUAUUGCUGAUAUUGCUGAAGCAACUGAAGGCUAUACAGGAGCCGAUCUGGCUGGCUUGAUUAAACGUGCAUCCAUGUUUGCUUUACGUGAAUCGCUAAACGAUGUCGAUGCCAGUCUCGAAAGUUUAUGUGUACGGAAUCAUCAUUUCAAGGAGGCUUUGGAUCAAUUACGUCCUUCAGUUAGUGACCAGGAUCGCAAGGUUUAUGAAAAGUUGCGUCAAAAGUAUGCAGCGCCCAAGGCAAAGGCGAGUCCAAAUACGGAGGCCAAUAGCAAAGACUCCAAGUAAAUGAGAAGAGAAGAAAUAAAUAAACUCGCAUAUUCCUUAUGUUUUUCCAAAAAAGAAAUGUACAAAUCAAAAAAAAAAAAAACACACACGAAUAAUGUUAAAUCAUUUGGCAUCUUUACACACACACACCAUACAUUUAAAAUAUAUAUAUAUGAAUAUAUAUAGGUAAAUAUCUAUAAAAUACCUAUGGAUAAAUUUGAGUUAAACAAAUAAAAGCAUUCAGAAAUAAUGCCCAAAACUAAA